GCUCAGUCCGCUUCUCACCUCAGAUCGGCAUCGGCCUCUGCGGCAGCAUCCGGAUCGGUUGCGGCAUCGACAACGACAUCGGCCCCCGGCAGUGCGCCCAAUGCCCCUAACACUCAACAGCACACGCCUCUGAAGAAGAGGAAGUUCAAGGUCGUCGAGCAGAGCGGGGCGCUGGUCGUGGGAGCUCCCAGCGCCGACGAUAAUCUAGCCGGUGUCAGGGAUGGCGCAAUCAGUUUUGCUGCGGCGGCCUCGUCGGGGGCCGCAGCGCGCGCGUCCCCGGCUGCUCCAUUACCACCACCGGCCAAGAAGUCGCACAAGAAACAGGUCAAGCCGGAAUCUAAACUUGAAGUGCCUGCGCCUGGGGUCGGGCCUAGUGUCUCUCAAAGCCCACCACAACAGACGCAGCUACCGCUGCAACCGAUCUCCAAACCCCUGCUAGAAGGUGUCCUUGACAAGCUGCAAAAGAAAGACACCUAUGGAGUUUUCGCAGAACCUGUGGAUGCGGCUCAGGUUCUGGAUUAUUAUGACGUUAUUAAAGAUCCGAUGGAUUUUGGAAUAAUGAGGAAGAAAAUUAACAAAACGCUUACUCGACCAUGGAGUCUUUUGAGGUGGGUGCUCAGGUCUGAUACUCGUAUGCGGAAGUCUAGCACAAUUCGGAGCAAUUCUCGGGCCGAAGGCUUGGCACUAUGUCGCACGUGAGUUGCGAAAAGUUCUUGCGCUGGGUGUUCCCUUCGGACCUUGUUGGGUUAGAGAGCAAGAGGCACCAUUGCAAGUGAAGAAGCAGCAUGCAGCGAAAAGUACUGCAAACGUGAUGACCACUGAUGAAGCACCUGCUGGGUUGGUUGUUUCACCUGGUGCACCUUCUCACAGAUUUAGUUCUGCUGCUGCUUCCUGUACAUCUCCCGGGAACUCAUCUGCUGUGCCUCUGAAAGUGACGAGUCAAGCUGUUGUUGACAGGCCUCCGUCUGGUAAAACGGGACAAGUAUACUCUUCUGGCGCUUUAGGAAGACCAUUCAUUUCGUCUUCCAAAACCCCAUCUGGUUCUGCAUCUGUUUCGAACGUGGGUUAGUCACCUCCCAAGCAGUCAACUGUUUCGCAUACUGCCAACGCCGGUGCUGUUUCCAGUGCCUCAAACGGAGGGGUCGUGACUAGUUUCGGAACGAUGCCCGCAUUUUCGUCCGCAGUGUAACAGCAGGUGCUGAGUGGUGCUCAACCAGGUUCAGGAUCCCUGAGUUUGCCAACUUCUUCGAGCCCUGGACAUCAACCUGGCUCCUCCAAUGUACCUACAUCCGUGAGCGGGCAGUCCGGCCAUGCCCCAACGUCAUCUAGUCCGAUGUCGGGAGGUGUCCAAGCCCAAUCUGUUCCUUCAGGAAGAACAAUGUUCAACAAACCAUCUGGCAUAGCAUAAGGAGCGAUGAGCACGGGCAGCCCUGUCAAAUUUUCGCCUGGCCCUUCAAAGUUAAGUUCUGGUGCUGUAGUCACUCAUCAGGGCACUCUCCAGCAGGUGCACAACAAGGCUUAGGAGGCGGUGCAAGCUCAGUGCCGAAUAGUCCUGCCGGAGUCGGGCAGCCUGGGAUCAGCUCGGGCUCAAUGACAAGCUUCUCCCCGGGAGCUCCCAAAUCAAGUCUUAUGGGAGGAACUUUCUCUAGUUACACUUCUGUCAGUGCCCAAGCCAUUUGCAUGGGGCCUGCAACGAUCUAUCCCUCACUGUCACAGACGGUAUCAGCUGGCAGCAAUAUCUCCAGCUACCAGCAAUCAUCAACCAAUACGAAAACGGUUCAGGGACUUGGCGUCUUGCCCAGCUUCAAUGCAAGCGCUGUACAAUCAGGUCUAGUAGUAGGAUCCAUGUCCGGUUACUCUUCCGGGAUUUUAUAGUCCGGACCGACUGGGGCGUCUAAUAUGAGUUUUUCCGCUGGCCCUGGGAACCCGGGCCCAGCUGUACUUAUGGCGAGGUUCCGGAGUUGCAGCACAAUCAGAUCGUUCUGCAGGUCUUGUAAUGAACUACCCAACCGGAGGAUCCACACCAGGACCCGAGGGGAUGAGCAGUUUGUCAUCUGGAGUUUCUCAACCCGGCUUAACGGUCUACUCUCCUGGAGGGGGCCAGGGAUCUGGGCCCAUGGCUCAGUCGGUGCAGCAGCAGCAGGGUGCUGGUCCUUCGGCCGGGGCCGGGAAAUUAGGUACCAUUGACAUGAACCCCGAGAAGGUCUCCUAACAAGGGCGCAUAUGAGCGGAAUCGCAAAUGCGAAAUCCGAAUCGCAGGCACGGAAGCGCCUUUAAGCGGGAGCGCGAGUGGGAGUGGCGCUGGGGCUGGCCCGUUGGAUGAGACCAAGAGCUCAGCGUUGACGCAGAACGUAGGGUGAAGCAGAAUCGGAGCACGGACGGCGCCGGUAGUUCGGCCGAAGGUCUGGCUGGUGGGGUUAGGUUGGUGUGGCCGAAUUUGGUGGCCACGUAGGAGCAGACAGUUCGGGCCUCUAAUUGCCGGGGGAAGGCCAACGUGCAAAAGUGGGGUCAAGAACGGGUGAUGGGUCUCGCACAACAGCAGGCCCAACAACAAGCGCAGCAGCAGGCCCAGUUGCAACCCCAACAGCAGGCCCAACUGCAAGCUCAGCAGCAGGCGCAGUUGCAGGCUCAGCAACGAGCCCAGCAACAGGCCCAAAUGCAAGCCCAACAACAAGCGCAGCAACAGGCUUAGAUGCAAGCCCAACAAGCGCAGCAGCAGGCCCAAAUGCAGGUCCAACAACAAGCUCAGAUUCAAGCUCAGCAGCAGGCCCAGAUCCAAGCCCAGCAACAGGCCUAGCAACAAGCGCAGCAGCAGGCCCAAAUGCAAGCUCAGCAACAAGCUCAGAUGCAAGCCCAGCAACACGCACAAAUGCAGGCCCUUUGGCCUAACAGGCCCAAAUGCAUCUCAU